GUGCUCUAAGUAGACAUUUCUAAUCAGCUCGCAUCGAUUUUGCAGGAUCUAUUUAAAACUGUAUUGAUUUUGUUUUUUGUUGAGAAAUGAUUACCCUGAUCCUAUUGUCAUGCUUUACCACAAUAGUGUCUGCAGUGCCAGUCUAUCCUAGUGUCCACCCUCCACAGCUGUCGCAAGGAGGAGUUCAGCAUGUUCAGCCCGUUGAAGCGACACACACGAAACCUGAAGCCGAGACUGCAGCACCGCUAUUAGAGCAACCCCAACCUGGGGCUCCACUGCAGCAGGGUCCCCUGGGUGGCCCCCAGCCAGUUCCUCCAAUGCAACACUACACCUGGCCUCCACUAGGGGACAGUGUAAUGAUCAUUCCUCUGCAUAUGAGCAUGCACGGACCUCAACUCGCAAACCAGCCAGCACUCCCACAGCAGCCUAUGAUUUUCCCAUCUUAUGGAUACUUCCCUCUGGUUUCACCAUCAUACAGGAACCAGCUGUCCUCUCCUUAUGGAUUCCCAAACAUUCUUCAAGCACCUCUCCCACAGACUCCUGCAAAUCAACCUCCAACAGUCAACAAUCAGGUUGUGGCUGCAGAGACACCAAUUAGAACUGCUCCUACAGGCAAUGCACCUCAGCCAGUGCAGCAACAACAGACUCCCCAAAUCGUCUACAUGUUUCAACAACCCAUGAACUCUGCACUUGGCGCUCUUAGUUCAGAGGAGCUCGAGAUGGCAGCUAAAAUGAACCAACUGGGUGUAUACAUGCCAACCAUGCUCACAAACCUGCCCUCAGGAGCUGUUCAAACUCUAAACCAGGCUGCUGGACUCCCAAACCCAGAGCAGGCAGGUGUCGGGCCAACUGUGGGUGCAUCUUCAGCCAGGGCGUCACAGUUGCUGAGGCUGGUCAACACUGGACUACAGCCAAACACUGCGAGCGUCCCUGCCAAUUUGAAGAGAGGAGUGCAGGAGGUGGCCACUGAUAAAGCACCUGCACAAGCCAAACUCCAGCCAACACAGAGAAACAGGAGGAAUGCCUCUUAACAAGAAUGGAUAAAAUGUUUUAUUAUGAAAUUAACAACAAGGUUUCGUAUCUGAAUCCUGAGCAUUUUAGCAGUCAUUGAUUUUUUUUCUGAAUAAAAAGUAUUAAAUGCCA